AAAUAAAAGUGAGUUGAGUUGAGUAUUAUCGAGCGCAUGUUUUGUAUUACUCAAUACUUACUAGUAUGUUUGUAAUUUACGUGAAUAAUGUAGAGUAAAAUGUGAGCGACUGGAUGACAAACUAUGAGCGUAUGUAGUGCGCGGGUGAUUUCGCUCUCCUCUCGCGCCAGUGGUCGUCGCUCCUGCUCUCCAACUCGCUGCUGUUCAUCUCUCUGGAAUCGGGGAGAGAAAGAGGGAGUACGCUGUUUCUCUCUCCCUGCCCCAGACCCUCCUCCUCCUCCUCUGGUAGCCCGUCCAUCUCAGAACAUCGGCGGUGAGUUUUAUGGGGAGAGUGGCCGCUCCCUGCAGCGGCCCCGGCAGGAUCGUGUCCUUUCUCACCGCAGUUCCGUGCUUAUCCUGCAAACAGCAGCAGCGGCGGCGGCGGCGGCAUCGUCAGUCUGCGGCAGUGGACCGGGGCAGCAGGGGGAGCAUGAGCGAGCAGGGCAAGAGUGCCGCGUCCACGCCAGCGAGCGGGACACCAGCCCCGGGCUCGGACACGUACAAAGGCUGGCUCUUUAAAUGGACUAACUACAUCAAAGGUUACCAGCGCAGAUGGUUCGUGCUCAGCAACGGUCUGCUGUCCUAUUACAGGACGCAGGCAGAGAUGGCCCAUACGUGCCGCGGCACCAUCAACCUGGCCACGGCGCACAUCGACACCGAAGACGCCUGCAAUAUUGUUCUGAGCAGUGGGGGGCGCACUUACCAUCUGAAAGCCAGCACAGAGGUGGAGAGGCAGAGAUGGGUCACAGCACUGGAGCUGGCCAAGGCCAAAGCUAUCCGAAUGAUGAACGAUCAGUCCGAUGACUCUGCGGACGAGGAGCCCACCUCUCAGUCAGACCACAGUGAGAUCCAGGGCACUCUCAAGACUCUGGCCAGUAAGUUGGAUGACUUGAGUACAUGCAAUGACCUGAUAGCCAAGCACGGAGCGGCGCUGCAGCGGUCUCUGAGUGAGCUCGAGACCUUACGUGUGCCUCUGGAGGGAGGAGAGAAAAUCAAGGCUGUCAACGAGAGAGCCACCCUCUUUCGCAUCACCUCCAAUGCUAUGAUCAAUGCGUGUCGAGAUUUCUUGGACCUGGCUGAGAGCCACAGCCGCAGAUGGCAGCGAGUACUUCAGCAUGAGCGAGAGCAGCGCACACACCUGGAGGAGACCAUCGAGCAGCUAGCCAAGCAGCACAACAGCCUGGAACGAGCCUGGAGAGAAGCCCCCACUCACGCUGUCAACACACCCGAUACGCCCACCAUCGACACGGGAGUGAGUGAAAGGCCCAGGAAAGAGGAAGCGAGUGAUGAAGAUGAGGAUACGGAGUAUUUUGAUGCCAUGGAAGACUCACCUGCUUUUAUAACAGUGACUGCCACGGACCCCUCUCACCACAGACGUUCUCAGAGUAAUCUCAGUGGUGCUAGUGGAGGACAGCCCAGUGACUGGAACCAGGAAGACAAUUGUUCUGUGAGCAGUAAUGAUUUUUCAGGGAAAGAGCUGCAGCCUCACAGGAAGAGGCGGACCCAGAUCACAGAGAAGCCCAACUAUUCACUCAAUCUGUGGAGCAUCAUGAAGAAUUGCAUUGGCAAAGAACUCUCUAAGAUCCCAAUGCCUGUGAACUUCAACGAGCCCCUGUCCAUGCUGCAGCGCUUGACGGAGGAUUUGGAGUACCACGAGCUGCUGGAUAAGGCGGCGCGCUGUGAGAACUCUCUGGAGCAGAUGUGUCUGGUUGCAGCCUUCUCAGUCUCCUCAUACUCCACCACAGUGCACCGGACGGCCAAGCCCUUCAACCCUCUCCUGGGAGAGACCUACGAACUGGACCGCCUGGAAGAAUUCGGUUACCGUUCCCUCUGUGAACAGGUCAGUCAUCAUCCGCCUGCAGCCGCCCAUCAUGUGAUGUCACAGCGAGGCUGGACCCUGUGGCAGGAAAUCACCAUUGCUAGCAAGUUCCGUGGCAAAUACCUCUCCAUCAUGCCUCUGGGUGCGAUCCACCUACACUUUCAUGCGAGUGGAAACCACUAUGUGUGGCGUAAAGUCACCUCCACUGUGCACAACAUCAUUGUGGGCAAACUGUGGAUUGAUCAGUCCGGAGAUAUUGACAUAGUCAACCACAGGACCAAAGAGACCUGUCAGCUCAAGUUCUCUCCAUACAGUUACUUUUCAAGGGAAGUCCCACGAAAGGUCACAGGGGUGGUGAAGGACAGUGAUGGCCAGGCCCACUACAUCCUGUCAGGUACAUGGGAUGAAAAGAUGGAGAGCGCCAAGAUCGUGCAGAGUAGCAGAGGAAGCAGCAGCUCUGAGGGCAAACAGAAGACUGUCUAUCAGACGCUUACACCCAAACUGCUGUGGAAGAAAUACCCUCUACCAGAGAAUGCUGAGAACAUGUACUGUUUCUCUUCUCUGGCUUUGACUCUGAAUGAGGAAGAGGAGGGUGUGUGUUGGACAGACAGCAGGCUGAGGCCGGACCAGCGGCUGAUGGAAGCAGGACGCUGGGACGAGGCCAACGUAGAGAAACAGAGGCUGGAGGAAAAACAGAGAGCCACGAGGAGGAGGAGAGAAGCUGAGGCCUCUAAGGCCAUCGAUGAAGGACAGGACUUUGAAGGCUACAUGCCACUGUGGUUCCACCAGAGGACGGAUGAAAUGACGGGAGAGACUAUUUACGUUUAUAAGGGGGGUUACUGGGAGGCCAAAGAAAGACAAGACUGGAGUAUAAGUCCCAAUAUCUUCUGAACACGCAAAACAAUUGACUAACUCUGCAGACAGACGAAGACAAAAGAGGAAUAAACAUCAGGGCCUUGGGACUGCAGAGGUAGUGGAGACAGGUCAUGUACACCUGCGCUGUUGAUCUCUUAGAGCGUGUGUGUGUGUGUGUGUGUGUGUGUGUGUGUGUUUUGCAGCCCAAUGACGUAUAUCUUUGCUCGACUCUUAAACAGACUACUAAAAUGAGAGAACAGAAGAAUGUGCUCUCUGAAGUUCACCUCAAAGACGAGUGCGUGGGAGAAAUGCGCAGUUGAACUCUUAGCCAAGUGCCGCCCCAGUUUAUCUUCCAAAGCAAAUCAGGUUCUUUUUAUUCAAUACAACCCCAUCACAAAUGCACUUUCCUCUCUUCCCAGCAGUGAAGUACACUGGACUCAAGUCUUGUUUAUAAAGAGAUCAUAUCAAAGACGCUCCACCCCCGUCCCAUGCUGGCCUGGACAGCACAUGAAGAAGAGACUCACUCAACUCAACACAACACAGCUGCAACAUUUCUGUGAAUUGUCCGAUUGUUCAGCUUGUGUACUUCUUUUAGUUUCAUAUCAACAACAGUACCAUAUUUGGACAAAGGAAGUUCUUGUAUUCGUAUAUCUCAGGAGCACAAUCAGGCUCUUUUAUUGGACACAUAGCUAACGACUUUCUCCCUGGCUCCACCCACUUUGCAUAGCAAAUGACAGUUAAGAUUCAUCUCAUGUCUUCAGUUAGCCAAUGAACUUUAGGCAAGAAUUAAAAGAGCCCUUGUCUGUUGUAUUGGACAGUGCAGGUAUUCGGACACCCAUGAAUUGUCAUGCACAUUAAUUAGCUGCUUCCUGCAUCUGCUCAGUGGAGCCCCCAGUGGUCAUUAUCGUGUUACUGUGACUGCCACAGUACAAUGCAUAUCAAUGCAAUUAAAAAAAUAUAUAAUUUUUGUACAAUCAGGAUACUUAAUGAAUAAAUGAAUGAACGAUCAAUUAAUAAAAGUAAACAAGUCACCCGCUUGACUCACUCAGAGGACAUAGCAAACAAUCAAAAUACAAAGUGUGAUGCUGAAAACACAAGCAAACAGUUUGCUGACCUUGUUUUGUGUUCAUAGCAUGCUUGUAUUUAUUAGCAGUAGAGAAUGUAGAUUAAAACACCCAAGUGUUCCUGAUGAAGGGGAUUGCUGUAGUUCACAUUACAUUAUGGUGAUAGAUUUUUUUAAACUGGUAACAUCAGUACUCCAUGACAGAAAGACCGAAAGUUAUAAAUCAUCAGGACUCAGGAGUGAUAAAAAGGAGAUAUUUCUGUUGUUUUUCUGAGCACUUUGAAACUGUAGCCCCCAUUGUAAAGUUAUAUAACAGAAACAAAUCUACAGUAUUUCUUUUAUGUUUAGCAAGUUCUGAAGUUCUCAUUUUAUUUCUAAUUGCUGUCGAAAAUGUAGAAUUAGGCUGGAGGUCUUAUUUUGCGCUCACACCAUCAUAUGUAUUUUGUGAUAACCAUAAUUAUUAUUACUAUUAUAAAGAAAACAGAAGUAAUGAUGCCAUGUCAUCCUAAUAAUUGCUGUUUUGGUAAAAAACCUGAAUUUUAACCUAUGAUUUUAACCAAGAGGUUGACUUGUAAAUGGAUCCAGCUAGUCAAAGUUUCAUUUUUGACAAGCUGUCAAUGUAUGAUUAUAAAUGUUAAUCUUUUCUAUUAAAACUCACUGACUUGGA